CGCCUGCUCCGAGUCAGAGAAACAAAACGAUUGAAUAACGUCUAUUAAAAGAACGAGAGGCGGUUUUUCAAUGAAUGUGGUGUCAUCGCAUAAAUCAUCGAAGUGACCAAGAAAAAUGGCUUAUUCUUACAACAUUGAAGAAGUUCCAAUGGCCGACGAGCCGUGCGUGGAACACGACAUUCGCCGUGCGAAACAAUAUUUGCUGAAGCAUAGUCCCGAGUCCGGUGAUAAUCUGUACGACCACUUGUCGGAUCUCCUCUCUAAGAUACUCGCUGAAAGGCCAAAAAAUGCUGUCGAUUUAUUCGAGGAGUAUAGCAGACGGUUGAAGGAAGAAAGAUUCAAAACCGAGACUGAUCAUUUGCGUGACGUAUACGUUCCACCUGUGCAAUAUGAAAAUGCAAGGAAGCUUAUCGCCUUGUUUCAAAGCUCGAUAACCGAAACGAUACACGAAGAAGAUAGAAUGGAGGAGGAUGAAGAGAGUGAGAAAAAGAAAUCGAUACCAAAUAUGAUGGACUUACUAUUUUAUUUCGAACAAACUGGCGUGGGUUUGCCACGAGGCGAAAUGAUUUUCCUUAAUCUAGCGAUAAGAAAAUUAGCGAGCAGCGUCCCCAUCGAAAACGUGAGGUUUUGGGGUAAGAUCCUUGGUAAUCCGAAGAAUUAUUACGUCGUGGAGGCCGAACUUAAUGAGGACGAGCUACGAAGGAGAUUAGAGGUAAUUGCUUCUAUAUCGGUUUCAACGAUUUUUUCAACGAUUAAAAUGAAGAAUAAUUUUUCAAAGUAGCAAGUGACAGCCAAGGAGAUUAGAGAAGAAAAUAGGGAGGAAAAAGAGAGAGUCCAGGAAAUAUCGGGCGAAGACGAGGAGGAAAAAGGAUUACAGUUGGUAUUUCCACCAUUGCCAGUUAGUACAUGGGAAAUGCCAGCGGAAGUGCCACCGGAACAAAUUGGAACUGGUGUAAAUGCUAAGGUAUAUUUCGUAUGCAACAGACCAGGAAUCGAUGAUUGGCUCGAACUUCCAGCGGUCACGCCGCAACAAAUAAUGAUUUCUCGUGAAAUCGUUCGUUACUUUACCGGCAAUUUGAAGACACCGAUACACACAUUUCCACCAUUUCCUGGGACCGAAGAAAAUUAUCUCCGAGCAGAAAUCGCGAGAAUCAGCGCAGCCACCGACAUAUCGCCAAUAGGCUAUUUUACGUUCGGUGGAUUAGACGAGGAAGAGGAGAUAGAUGAAGAGACGGGAGAAGAAGGGACCUUGACGGAGAAUGUGCAUUACGAUCCAUUGCCGGUCAAGGAUCUAGUGGAUCCAUCAAUGUCGAAUUGGUGUCAUCAUACUCCGUAUAUUCUGAAGCAGGGACGUACGGUCUGGUGGGAUCCACGAGGAAAGGAGGAAGAAGCAUUAGAAGAAGAAGAAGAGGAAGAGGAAGGUGAAGAAGAUGAAAUUAGAACUGGAGAUGCGGUUAAAGAAACUGGACCACCUUUGUUGACGCCAUUGUCCGAAGAUGCCAUUUUAGAAUCUGUAUUUCCGUGGACGACCAGGCAAUCGUCGUUCGUUCAAUUAGACACCGCGGUUGCUUUAGUAAGGUCAAAUAUUUGGCCUGGUGCUUUCGCGUUUGCCGUUGACAAACGUUUCGCCAACGUGUACAUCGGCUGGGGUCACAAGUACAACGCUUACAAUUACAAUCCACCAUCUAUGCCUCCCGUUCAGGAUCAGUAUAAAAUUGGUCCGGAGGUCAUGGAGAUUCGGGAUCCUACUUUUGAGGAAGAAGAGACUUACCGUAUCGCCCAUUUACCACCACCACCAUUAUCGAUAGGAGAAGGAGAAGAAGUGUUAGGAGAGAUAGAGGAAGAGGAAGAGGAAGAGGAUGAAUAA